GAGGGGCUCGGAGGAGGGAGGUGCGCGCUCCCCCGGGCGGGGGCAUCGCGGGGGCGUCGCCGGCCGCCGAUGGCAGGCGCUGUCCGCCGGGCACGGCUGCCGCUGCUACGGGCAGGAGGCCGGCGGAGCAUGCCGCCGGCGGCGGGGCGGUUCCGCGGGGACUGACAGCCGCGCUGCCGGAGGAGAGAAGGCGCCAGCCCCUCCGCCUCUCCCCGCCGCGAGCGGAGGCGAUGCCGCAGGGCGCUCCGCCGCCCGGUCGCCACCCGCGCCAGCCGCUGUCGCCGCCGUGAGCCGCGCGGCCCCCGGCGGGACGGGGCGAGGAGCGGCGGGGCUCCGCAGCCCUCCCCGGCCGGCGGCUCCGCGCGGCGGAUGCGAGUGCAUGAGCUCUGCAGCGAGCGGGCGCAGGAAGCGCCCCCGCUCCGCCGCCUCCAUCUUCCCGGGCAGCAGCAGGACCUCGCCGCACGGCCGCGACUCCGAGCGGCGGGGCAGCGGCUGCGAGGGCGCCUGCACGACCCUGAGAGCCCUGGACGACUGCAAGAUGCUUGUCCAGGAGUUCAAUACCCAGGUUGCUCUGUACCGGGAGCUGGUAAUUUCCAUUGGGGAUGUCUCAGUCACCUGUCCAUCUCUGCAUGCAGAAAUGCACAAAACUCGAACCCGAGGAUGUGAGAUGGCCUAUCAGGCUCAUCAAAAACUAGCAGCAAUUUCCGGCCCAGAAGAUGGUGAAAUUCAUCCUGAAAUCUGUAGACUAUACAUCCAGUUGCAGUGUUGCUUAGAAAUGUACACAACAGAAAUGCUUAAGUCCAUAUGUCUGCUAGGAUCACUGCAGUUUCAUCGGAAAGGAAAAGAGCCUUAUGCCCCACCCAAGAUCAUGGAUACUAAAGUGGAAGAGAGCUCUGAAGUACCUAUUUUGGAAGACACAUCAUCAUCACCAACAGAUAUUCAACAUUUAUGGCAGGUUUCCACAGAUAUUGAAAACACUGAAAGAGAUAUGAGAGAAAUGAAAAACCUUUUAAGCAAACUCAGGGAGACUAUGCCUUUACCACUGAAAAAUCAAGAUGAUAGCAGCCUCCUAAACUUGACUCCUUACCCCUUAGUAAGAAGACGGAAGCGAAGAUUCUUUGGACUGUGUUGUCUUGUCUCAAGUUAGAAGAUUAAAUACAGAAACACCAAGAAAAUCAUAACUUCGAUUAAACCACUGUCAUUUCAUCACUGAAAAGAAGAACAUUACUACUCUUGAUUAUAAAAUAUAUUUUCUAUGCUGGCCUAUGCCUUUUUCUCUGUUGUUCCAUCCCCCUUUUCAAAAUAAGGGUUUUAAUAGUUUAAAGUUAUGGUGGUCAAGAACAAGUUGUGGAAUAGAUCUAGCAUAACUAAGAAUGUUUUUAAAACUUUUUAAAGUAUGUUUUGCAUGCUUACUUUCAACCAC